CUGGAAAUGCGCAUGUCAGAUUCCGGUUGUUGUCAGUGGUGGUUAUGGAGAUGAAAUGGGACCUGGACAAGCUGUCAACAUUUUUCUGAUGUUAAUGUGUGUCUCUGAAAGAUGCCCCGGAAGAUAAGAUUUGUGGUGGUCAGCUCUUCAGGACAUGAAGACAGUUACAAUGCCAAGGAGCUGAUGGUCCAUGCUCCUACAGUUAAUGGCUGGAGGUCCACUAGGUUCUGCCCGUACCCCCAGCAGGUCACUCUACAGCUGGUGGAGCGCAGCAGGGUGCGCAAGCUGCAGCUUCUGGCCCACCAGUACCUAAUUUCAGCCAAGAUUGAAUUUCACAUUGGGGACAGUGUACCAGAGACCCACUCCUCUGAGCACUCCGGACCACUCCGCAGACUGGGAUACGUGUCUCUGUCCGACAAUGAGAAGACUGGUUUCAAAGCUCGAGAGCUGAAGUCUGUUCAUGUGGACGCGAUUGGAACGUACCUUCGCAUAACCUUCCACAGAAAUCACAUAAACCGCUACAAUGUCUACAAUCAGGUUGCAUUGGUUGCCAUAAAUGUUUUGGGGGAUUCUAUGGAUGGCAAUGAUAUUAACACAAUUCCCAGCCGAGAGCAGCUGAUAGAGCAUUACCUCAGCAGUUCCCAGCACGAGGGUGCUCUGGAUGGGACUUACAUGGGUAAAUGUGAGUCCAUCUCCCCUCUGGAUGACCUGGCCUUCGACAUGUACCAGGACCCAGAGGUGGCCCACAUCAUCCGCCUGCUGGAUGACAAGAAGCAGGACAUGGUCCACCAGGAGAGAUACGACCUUGCCAAGACGCUCAAGCAGGCUAUCGCUGACCUGCAGAAGGUGGGAGAGCGUUUGGGUCGCUACGACGUGGAGAAGAGGUGCGCCAUAGAGAAGGAAGACUAUGACACAGCCAAGAGGAAGAAGGAGCAGAUGGAGGAGUACAGGACGACGGUGUACCAGCAACUGGAGGUUCACAACCUGCUGGACAUGAACACAAUUACCAGAGCCGUGGAGGCGUCCCCGAGCCAGGAUCACCCCUCUCCCAGACACCGGCCCCCAGGCAUUAAGCCCAGGGUGUCCAUGGAGACCAUGAGCAAGGGGAAAAAACAGGAAUCUAUGCCCCGGCAGGUUGAGCAGGUGACUCCACCCAGACCUGCCAGCCCUCCACGGCCCCAGCCCCCCUCACCCCGUGCCCUCCCUGACGUACCACGCACAGACGUCAUCCCCCUGCCUUAUGAUGAGAGGCCUCUACCUGCUCUGCAGAAGGAGAGGCCAGGGGAGACGCCCCAAAGCCAGCAUGAGGAGUCCCCUCUGCCCCUGGAGCCUCUGGCUAGCCCCCGCAGCCCAGGGGGGGGUGCCGUGAGCGGGGAGCCUGAACCUCUCACAGAGAGAGCUCAGAGAGAGGCCAGCUUCCCCAUAGAGGUGUAUGGAGACGGCCUGGUAGCGGGGGCCUAUUCAAAAACCUGGUCAUACCGUGAAGAUGCCUUGCUGGCUGUUUACAAGAGGCUGUCUGAAGUCCCCUCAGGGACCCCCAAGGAGGAGCUGAGGAACAUGAUGAGGGCAGCAGUGUUCCUGGUUAAGAAGGCCCUCCUGGACAAGGUGUCAUCUGUGUUCCAGGCAUCUCUGAAGCUGUUGAGAAUGCUGCUGACCCAGUUGAUCCCAGGCCAGGGGCUGGGCAGGGUGGAGGUAGCCCACUGUGUGGAGCAGACCUGGCCUAAUCUGCUAUCCAGAACGGGGGACUCAGCUACCAGGCUAAGGGCCAUGGCAACGACCUUCAUUCAAGACAUGGCCCUGUUCAAAGAGGUGCGAUCCCUUCAGGUGGUCCCGGGUGAACUGGUGAAGCCCUUCAAGAUAAACUUCCCUGGACGCCUGGCCCUAAGUAGGGCUAAGCUACUGGACAAGCUUCUCGGAGAGUUGGGCACAGUCAACUCUGGCUUCACCCUGGACAAUGUUAUGAAGUUCUGUACAGCUGCACUCGAGCACAGUGCGUCUGAGGUAAGAGAGCUGGCCGUCCACAUCAUCCUGGCCAUGUACCACAAGCACAAGACUGGCGUCCUUAGCUACCUCCCGCCUAACGACGGUGCCACGCGCAAAAACAUCCUUUACAAGAGCAUAUUUGAUGGCUUUGCCAGGAUCGAUGGACGACCCAUUGAGACACAGAUGUCAAAGAAGGGGGGAGCCCAGCAGGCGGGAGAGAAGGAGAAGGAGGAGAUCCGAACUCUUCAGGAGCAACUUGCUGCCUUGAAGGAGAUCAGUGAAAGGGGAAAGGAAAAUUCCAAAGGACAAGAGAAAGAAGCAUCCAAGAUUGCCAAAACAGCUGUAAGGAAGGUUCCCCAAAACAAGACGUCUGAUCCAGGAGAUAAUCAAUCAACGACUGUCAGCUAUUUAGACAAUCUGUGCAUUUUCUGUGGAGGAAAGGAUUCAUCUUUCACUGAAGAUGGACUGGAUCUUCACUACUGGAAGCACUGUCCAAUGCUACAACGCUGUGACCAGUGCAGACAGGUGGUUGAAAUAGCUAGCUUCACAGAGCAUCUUCUGGGGGAGUGUGAAGGCAGAGCGGGAUUCAGCCAGUGUCCUCGCUGCUCUGAGGCAGUAUCCACCAAUGAGCUGGCUCGCCACGCCCAAGGUCCCGCCUGUAACCCCCCGGUUUCAGGAAAAGAAUACAACCACUGUCCGUUGUGUCAUGGCAACUUCAUGCCUGGAGAGGAGGCAUGGAAGGCCCACCUCAUGGGCCAGGAGGGCUGUAAACAAAACUCACGGAGGACUGCGGUACCCCAGAGAACCCAGCAGGCACAAGGGAAGCCUGGCAGUGGAACGAAGCUGAAGCAGUCCUGGUCUGUUGGAGCCAGAGGCAGAGGCAGGCCCAUGGGCAGAGGAAGUAGGAUCCCCGCCCUGGCACACGGAGCCAGUCGAUCCCAAACCAACCGCCAUAUGCCAUCCAAGUGGUGAAUGCGCCCAAGCCUCCAUACUCACAGACAUUUAGAAGUACCUUAGACAUCAUCUUCUUAUAACCCCUAAUCUUUCACUUUUCCUUUCCUCAGAAUGACAACUUGUUAAAUAACAUGACUGACUGACACACAACAGCUAUCAGUCUCUUAUCCAGCCAUUUUAAUUAUUAGUAGUAAAGGAAAUUAAAGAUCCUAAUCAGUCACAUACUGUCCUUCCGUUUGCAGUACAAUAGGUUGGUGCAAUAAAUUAUACUCCACAACCAUUACAUAACCCAGAUAUUAGCACCUCUCUAUUGUAACUUAGGUAAUUACUGUGUUGUAAUACACUGUAAUAAUGCAUACUUCAAAUACUUUUCACUGGAUUCUCCAGCUUUUCUGUCUUAGUGGCAGCUGUCAUACAGCGUAGAAAGACCUAAUGGAAUGCAUACAUAGUGAACUAGAAAAGUAGCAAGCAUUGCUAGCAAAUACUGAGGGUGCCUUCAGUUUUGUUUGCUUGCCAGAAACAAUAGAGUUAUAAUUAUAGAUAGUACUUUGCCAAAGUAAAUGAUCAUGUGUUUUAAAUGACUAAUGUUAAAAGAAGAACUAAAAAUGUAUGUUUUGAUACAUUGCGCACUUUAGAGCAGUUUUAACAGUAACUGUUCUACUUGGUGUACAACUUGAUCACAUGGGUUGUCAGUAUUAUCACACACAUUUUAUGUAACUUCCCCCCUACCUAUGUAUGGUUUGACGAUCAUUUGAGUGAUUACUUUAGAGGGAUUUUGUACUGAAUAAUGUAUAGCCUACAUAAUCACAUUUUUAAAGGUAUUUAUUUUAUUUAUAAUACUCUGAAACAAAUGUUACUGUACUUAAUGUAGAUACUGUCUAGAAAUGCAGGAAGGUACAGUCAGUGUAUUUUUAGAUUGAUUCCCAUUGAUUUUAGGUUUUUCAAUGUACAGAAUAGAGACAAAUGUCCAUUUAAUUCAGUAUUUUACAGAAAAUACAAUCGAAUUUUAUUGUAUUGUGUCAGUUUGUUCCAGUUGUGUUCAUCAGUAAGACCAUUUGGUUAAUUGUAUCUGAAGUUACAAUUAGUUUGUUUCAUUCGCUUUGUUCCACAUAGUAUAUCAUUCCAUGGAUGUAACUGUUUUUUCUCGCAUAGUUUGAGGUGCAUAUAAAUCGGUAUUUCUUGUACAAUAUUUCCAUCUCAAUUGUUUUGUAAAAAAACAUUUUGAAUAAAUCAAGCUGUACAGAGUA